UCAGCUGUGGGAUUGUUCUGACCCGUUACAUAAUGAAACCUGUAGAAGACCAGCGUCCUAUGAUAAAUUAUUUAUUUAAGUGUAUUCCUUCAUUUUCAUAUUUUAUGAUUCUUACUGUUUAUAACCAGCUUAUUACCUUGGUGCACAAUGUGUUUAUACCAGGAUAUUUCCUUGCGAUUGUAAUAGCUCCUUCAUUAAUGUUUGCAUCUUUUGUCGCUGAAGUAUACAUGCAUUCAUGGAGACAUUUCUACCUGAGUCAGAGGAUCCUAUUGGUGAUAGUAUUCCCGUUUUACCUAAUAAUAAGUGCCCAGUAUGUGAGUUUGACUCUGGAAGAUGACAAAGAGCGACUUGUGAAGUUGGCCCGGUAUACAUUCAUCUAUUCAUCGACUAUCAUAUCAUUCUUUGACGACUGGCUUCGAUUACGUUUACUUGACAAACCCCGCGUCAUUCUCUAUUGGUUCGGGACUGUUUGUCUCCCCCUGGUGAAUUCUAUUACCCUGGCUGUAGUAUUAAUUCUCAAAGCAGACACAGGAAAGUCGAUAUUGGACCUACGGCUUGUUGUCUUUUUUUCUGCGUCUUCCAUCCUCUUUAGCUUGUUUCUUAUCAAGAUCAUUGAAUACUGGAUGGACAGAAAAGAAGAAAUAAAACAAUCAUUCGCCUGUCUUCAGAGACACAGGAAGGAUAAUGAGCCUUAUCAGGUAUCACAUGGUGAUCAGGAGAUGGAAGUGUUGUCACCCACUGAUUCCAAUGGAGCAGGUACCUCGGAGCAGAACUGAUAAAUCCAAAGGAUCCUAAACACAACUUACAGGAUUCAGAUCUCAGGUCUCAAGUUUGCCAAAGACUGUUGCGUAACCAAGCCGGUCACAUAAUCAGUUGUCAGAUUACUGAUGACUGUUACGGCCCAUUUUGUUUGCUGACAUGAAACACCUUGCUGGGUAUAAGAUGAACAUUUGCUUGAACAGGGUCCAUCUUGCCAUCAUAUUUUUCUUACUAUUUUGUUGAUUUGGUGUCACAAUAUUUGCUUUGCAUAAAGCAAUCAAUCUUGAUUUGACACUAACCCUAAUACCAACCAUUACCAUAAUCCUAACCCUAGCCUCAACCCUAACGCUAAACGUAAGCACAGUUGCAAACCGAAUGCAAACCAUAACCUAAGCUUCAAAGCUAAUACUCCAGUAUCACACUGUUUCUCUUGUAUUGCAGCACUUUUUUGUCUUCCCCCAAUCAUCCUUUCACCCACAACUAUAAAACAGGGAUUUCAGUUUGUUCCCCAAAUACUAAAACUUGAAACUAAUGCAAAUCCCCAGCUGUUUACAUACAAUAGUAUUGAAGAGUAUAUAUUUUUUUCAGCUGUGAAAUGAUUCUGUAAUUGAAUGUAAUGAUUGUCAGGAAUUUGUAUGUAGUGUUGUUCUUUCUGGGUAGCACAGUGGCACCCACUGUAUGUUGUCUGAGACCCACAGGGCUGAGGGGCUGUGUUACUUUGGAACCCUAGUAAUUUCCUGUAGCUGGGUUUGGUCAACAGAAAUGUUUUUUUGUCUCACUGAGAAUUUUGGGCUUUUUUUUCUCUCAUCCCUGCCCUGUCCCCAUAAAAACUGAAACAUACCUAAUAAAACCCUGUUUAGUAUCUGUUAUGUAUUUAUGUAAAAUGACUGCAGUUUUUGGAAUACUCUGUAGGUGUUACUGUCAUUCUUGGGACAAGUGUAAACAAGGCCAGAGAACCAAUAACGCCAUUGUUGUUGACUGCAUUGUGUUGAUGGCAUUAUCAAAUGUGAGUCCCCCAAAUACAGUUAA